UAUAUAUAUAUAUAUAUAUAACACAAACUAUUAGCAUAGCAUUAUAGUAGGAGUUGCAUAAUAUUUUCUUUUAUGAAAAUGGCGCGUGGCAAGAAUCUGUUCCUCCAAAUUCUGUGGUGUUUUUCCUUGAUCGGUCUUAGUUCCCAAGCACAGAAUUACACUUUUGUUGUGAGAGAGGCCAAGUAUACAAGACUCUGCUCCACAAAAAGCAUAUUGACUGUGAAUGGAGAAUUUCCCGGACCAACUAUUAGAGCCAACAGAGGAGACACAAUUUUUAUAGAUGUUUACAACAAGGGCAACUUCAAUAUUACUUUACACUGGCAUGGGGUGAAGCAGCCAAGGAAUCCAUGGACAGAUGGCCCUUCAUACAUCACUCAGUGCCCAAUCCAACCUGGAAGGAAAUUCACACAGAGGUUGAUUUUUACUUUCGAGGAAGGGACCAUAUGGUGGCAUGCUCAUAGUGAAUGGUUAAGAGCCACUGUCUAUGGUGCUAUCCACAUAUAUCCAAAUAAGAAUAAUCCCUACCCUUUUCCCCAACCCGAUGCAGAGAUUCCCAUCAUAUUUGGAGAAUGGUGGACGAGUGACGUCAACGAGGUCUUCAGACAAUCUAUGGAAACUGGAGGAGCCCCAAACGUAUCUGAUGCUCUCACUAUAAAUGGUCAACCUGGGGAUCUGUUCCCUUGCUCAAGUCCAGAAACGUUCAAGCUAAAUGUAGAGCAAGGCAAGACUUAUCAUCUCCGGGUUAUCAACGCGGCACUGAAUCUCAUUCUCUUCUUCUCUGUUUCCCAACACAACCUCACUGUUGUUGGUGCUGAUGCUGUGUACACAAGGCCACUGACAAGGGAAUACAUUUGCAUAUCACCGGGACAAGCAAUGGAUGUGUUGUUGCAUGCCAACCAAGAUCCUGGUCACUAUUAUCUGGCUGCAGCGGCAUAUUCAAGUGGUGUUGGUGUUGCCUUUGAUAACACCACAACCACUGCUAGAGUUGAGUACAGUGGCAAUUACACUCCACCUUCAUCUCCUUCAUUGCCUAACCUUCCCAACUUCAACGACACGCGUGCGGCGUUGAACUUCAUUACAAACUUGAGAGGCUUACCUGAGAGAGCCCCCAGCCAUGUCCCAACAAACAUCACAACUCAAAUAGUAACCACUAUUUCAGUUAACACUUUGCCAUGCCCUAAUGGCAGAAACGACUGCCAGGGGCUAAAUGGAACCAUUUUCUCUGCUAGCAUGAACAACAUAAGCUUUCGAAUCCCCACCAUUGACAUACUAAAAGCCUAUUACUACCAUAUCAACGGGGUAUACGAACCUGGAUUUCCAACAUUUCCACCGUUUAUAUUUAACUUCACUGGGGAUUUUUUGCCUAUAACACUGAAUACACCAAAGCAAGGGACUAGGGUUAAUGUGCUGAACUAUGGUGCAACAGUUGAAAUUGUUUUCCAAGGGACAAACCUUGUUGGCGGGAUAGACCAUCCCAUCCAUCUCCAUGGCUACAGUUUCCAUGUUGUUGGAUAUGGGCUAGGCAAUUUUAACCAAAGCGUGGAUCCCAUGAAUUUCAAUCUCGUUGAUCCUCCUUAUUUGAAUACAGUGAUAGUGCCUAUAAAUGGCUGGGCUGCCAUUAGGUUCGAGGCUGUAAACCCUGGAGUAUGGUUUAUGCACUGCCAUCUAGAACGCCACCAAUCUUGGGGUAUGGAGACAGUUUUUAUUGUGAAGGAUGGAGAGUCUGAAAAUCUAAGAUUGCCACCACCACCGCCAGACAUGCCCCCAUGUUGAAGAAAAUUAAAUUCUGGAUUUUCCCUAUUCAGUGAACUUUGAAAACAAUAAGUUACACAUUUGUUUUACCUUUUUCGUUUCUUUCAGGAAGGCGUGUAUUGCAAAUUUAGAGACAAAAGUUCUCCGUGUGCUUUGAUUUGUCAUGAUUUUGUUCUUUUAUUAUUUUUGGCACCUGCAUUGCGGGGUUUGUCCAUCAACAUCGGAGAUUUAUAACAUUAAAUUUUCCUUUAGUUAA